GAAAAAGCUACUUCGAGGACAGGCACGUUUUCGGUAUUCUUGCCCAGCUGCAUAUUGUCUAUUUAGUUCUUCCUGGACUACCCUACCUGCAUAGAUAAGAAGUAAGUUACAGCGACGGACGAGUACGAGUUUAUCAGUAGUACUGUUUCGGUUUAGUAGAUGUACGUUUGACGAUUGCUAAUCCAUCUCGACGUGGAAAAAUCAAGGUUGAGUGCCACCCUGUGUAUAAUAAUCUAUUUAUUCGUCCUGACUGUGAAUCAAUUCCAAUUUUCUAGUUUGUGAUUUCCUGUCCUCUGAGCGUGAGCACGGAAAUCUCAAUCAAAAUAACUACGUUGCUGUUCGACUACCUCCACUCCACAUUGGUUCCUGCAACUUUUUUUCGUGAUACUUCCCUAAGUUGUUUAUUGCACUUGCAAUACCUAGAAGUCGUGUCAUUCCCCCCUACAUUCCUCUCCCUGCGGCUGAAUCCAUAGUUCGUGUGGUCUACACGUCAAGGUCCUUGUAGACCCGCUGUAGUGAUGACGGUGGCUUCCACGAAGGGAACACCAGUGGACAUCAAAAUGAGUACUUCCCGGAGCGAGAUUCUUGGUGAGCUUCGGGCCUUGGCAGCGAACAUCAAGAAGAAGCACCUCCGCACUCUGCUCGAAGACUCUGACCGAAAUGAGGUGCUGUUCCGCAGCAACUUUUACUUUUUGGGAGCCAAAGAAAUAAUAACCCAGCGUUCUCCGCAAAAUAAGGGACCGCAGGCACCAGAGAGCGCAGUUGAGGUUGACAGUGUUAAAAACAGCCCCAGCAGCAGUAGCCCGAGCAGCAAAAAGCGAAGCACAGGAGCGCGAGGAGCUGCUGGGGCCUCAGCCCAACCCACUUCCAGCGGCGCGCCCCGCAAUUUGGGCCUCGUCGCGGACUUCACGCGCCAGAAGGUGGACGUGCCCAUCCUGCAGAAACUACUGCAGUACGCGACAGAACAGUGUCAGCUGCAGACGAAGAUCCUGGGCAUGGUCUCUGGCGAAGUGAUGAACCCGACCGAGAACCGCAAAGUGCUGCACUCCGCCCUGCGGCUGAACCCGCAGUCGUCGUCCGCACAUUUCUACGCCGCCGAGGUCCGGGACGAGGUGCUGCGGGUUCGCAACGAGGUGCGGGAGUUCAGCGAGGAGGUCCGCAGCGGGCGGUGGGUGGGGAUCACGGGCAAACCCUUGACCGACGUGCUUUCCAUCGGGAUUGGGGGUAGCUACCUGGGGGUGGAAUUUGUCCUGGAAGCGUUGAAAACGGAGCCCGACGCGGCCGCGGCCGGCCGCAACCGCCGGACGCAGUUCCUCGCCAACGUGGACCCCAUCGACAUCAAGCGCGCCACCGCGGGCCUCGACCCGGAGACCACACUGGUGGUGAUCUGCAGCAAAACCUUCACGACCGCGGAGACCAUCUUGAACGCGGAGUCCGUCGUGAACGCGUGGUUGCUCGAAAAACUGCGCCAGAAGGUGCCCGGCAACGUAUCAAAUGCAAAUUAUAUGUCUGGGUCUGGAAACUUGUGAUGCUAAAAUGUGGAUGAUGGAAACAGUUUCGAAUGCAACCAAGCAUGACAACUUUCCAGAACGCUUUCUCAUAGGCAAUCCGCAUGAGAAAUUGCGUUUUUGCCUGUACAAAGGAGGCUGCGCCUUUUGUUGGUUAUGCAAUACAGAUUUUCUAUGUAUGGAAAGCUAGCAUUACAAGUUCCAACCUUCCAGACCCAGACACUUUUGCAAUCCAUACAACGUGUCGCGCGACGACAUCGUCUCCACCCACGUGGUCGCGGUCUCCACGAACAAGGUAUCGCAAGAAAAAACUGUUUCACUGUAAACUUGUCAUGCAGAAAAUGUAUCUCACAUGUAUUUGUCUUGCUACACAUACAAGACCAUGGAUUUUUAGUUGUGUUUUCCCUUAGGAAUCUCGCAUGGCAAAUUUUCUCUGUGAUGCAGAACUUGCAACAUCGUUACAGUGAAACACUUUUUUCGUACGAUACAAGGUGCUGACCAAGCAGUUCGGGAUCACCAAGACCUUCGACUUCUGGGACUGGGUGGGGGGACGGUUCUCGGUGUGCAGCGCGGUCGGGCUCCUCCCGCUCUCCUUGCAGUUCGGCCCCAGCAUUGUGGACGCCUUUCUGGCGGGUGCGAACGAAAUGGACGAGCACUUUUUUUCCGCGCCACUCCCGGAGAACCUCCCGGUACUGAUGGGUCUAGUCCAGUUCUGGAACCGGAGUUUUUUGGACCUUGAGAGCUGCGCAAUUCUGCCGUACUGCCAGGCGCUGCACCGCUUCUUAUCACACGCCAUCCGUGUCGCGCGGCCGCGCACAACUGCCUUUCCCGUACGAGCGAUCCAGAAAGUCUCUUCUGUGCCAUGAUUUAUUGCUUCAAUAAAUACGAAUACUUAAGUCCGGAUGAACACUAAAUGUACAUGGUGACCACGUUCGUAGCAGGGGGAGUCAAUUCUAGUAAUAUCGAGAACCACAUCGUGGUCUACAUUCGCGCUCACAAACGGCAAAAUCUUCAUUUUGUGCAUAUUGAAAACUGCAGUUUCAUCUGCAGUAAGUGCAGGACUUGAACGAAAAGUUUUCAAUGAUCAAAUGAGAUGCAAUCUGCAAUCAUGUUUUUGCGGGUGCAGCUGUCACCCGCCCGUACGAGGAGUUGGUCGUGUGUUGACACGCGUCGAUAAUGCACCGCCCACAUUCAGCAGCUGGACAUGGAGUCGAACGGUAAAAGGGUAACGGUUGUCCCGAAGAGCGAGCCCGUGGACUUGCAAACGGGCGCUACCUACUUUGGCGAGCCGGGGACCAACGCCCAGCACUCGUUCUACCAGCUGCUCCACCAGGGUACCAGCGUGAUCCCCGCAGAAUUCAUCGGCUUCACGGAGUCGCAAAACGCCGUGCACCACCAAGACCGGGCACUGUCCAACCACGACGAGCUGAUGGCCAACUUUUUCGCGCAACCGAACGCGCUCGCGCUGGGGCGAUCGGCCGAAGAAGUGCAAAAGGGCGACCCGCAACUGAAGCCCGAGCUCGUCGCGCACAAGACCUUCCCCGGGGACCGUCCCUCCCUCAUGCUGCUCUUCGAUGGCAAGUGCGACGCCCGCACGGUGGGUCUUCUGCUGGCCUUGUAUGAACACCGGACCGCGGUGCAAGGCUGGUUGUGGGGGAUCAACAGCUUCGAUCAGGUAUUUGUUUUUACUCAUACCUGAUAUGUGAUUAGUAUAUCAUUGCAAAAAAAGGCAACGACCGCCUUUCAUUCUAGUUUUCCUUCCGCCAAAAAACGAACACCACCUGAUGAAGUUACGCCUUGAUUUGGUUCUAGUAUACAUGAAAAAGAAGAUAUUUUUUUAUGGCCGGCGCAGUGCCUCCAAUACAGCGUUCUUUACGUUGUAUAAAUUUCUUGUCUUGAAUAUAUUUUACAGUACGGCGUGGAGCUCGGAAAAGUGCUAGCAAAGGGUAUCACCAACACCAUGAAAGAAUUUCGGGCGGAUAAGAAGAUCACGUCCGACUCGGCCACCACACCCACCGAUCGCCUCUUGCGGAGUUACCUCCACAUGUCAGCCAUCUGA